CACAUUAUAAUAUAAAACAAAACAAUGGCAAACUUUGAGAUAAUAUUCUGCAAGCUUUGCCUCAACGCCAUAAGCGAUGGGGAUUUUAAAGUAAUAGAAGAAACUGUUAGGGAAGUUCUAGAUGUUCUUCUGUUGAAAUUGAAUCUGGAGGAAACAAACAAGCCUGUGAUGUGCAACACUUGCUCCAUGAAAUUAUUUGCGGCUUUUGAUUUCAAGGUAACCUGUAUGGACACCGAGGACUGUAUUUUUCCAUAUGUUAAUUAUAAUAUUGUGGAACCAGUUGACUUAAGGGAAAUUUAUCUGAAGGAAAGAGAUAAAGAACAUUUGAGAUCCCUCCUGGAAGAUGAGAAAAUUUGCCGACUGUGUAUGCAGAUAAUUACCUGUGGAUUUAUAUCAGUAGAAAAUGUGAAAUAUGACUUAAUUCGUAAAUAUAUACCAGAAGUGAGGUUUAGUACCAUCAAAGAACCGGUAAUUUGUUCAGUCUGUCUUGAUUUGCUGACCACUCACAGCAAAUUUUUAAAGGACUGUUUAAUUAAAAAUAAUCAUGUCGACGACGCUACAAACAGUGCUGUCUGUAUUAAAACUGAAGAGACUGAAAUAAAAUCCGAAGAAAACAAUGAUUGUGAUUCGAGCAAACACCAAACUGAGCAAAAGGGCAAAUUAAAACGUCGACAGCCAAAACACAAAGAUCCUUCGAAGAUACGAAUGUUCGAAUGUAACGCAUGUGACUUCAAAAGUAAGUUUAAGGCUUCCGUCAAGACCCACCAGCUAGUGCACAAAGACGUUUCAGAAACUCAAAUGUACACCUGCGACUUAUGCGAUUACAAAUCCAAACUCAAGGGUAACUUAAAAUCUCAUGAGUUGAGGCACAAAAAACGGUACGAAACCGAAAUGUACAAAUGCAACUCGUGCGACUACGAAACUAAGCUAAAGACCAACCUCACGAGCCACCAACUGAUACACAAAGACAUCUCUAAAGUACAAAUGUACAACUGCGACGUAUGCGACUUCCAAAGCAAGCAUAAGACCUCCCUUACCAGACAUAUGUUGGGGCACAGAGACGCAUCAACGGUGCAGAUGUACGAGUGCGACAUUUGCGUUUACAAAACCAGGCACAAGAGGUACCUCUCGAAACACCGGUUGCUGCACAAAGACAUUUCCGAAGCACAGAUAUACCAGUGUGACGCCUGCGACUUCAGGACCAGGCACAAAGGCAGUCUCAAAACCCACCAGUCGAUUCACAGAAGUCCCUUGGAAGCGCAAAAGUCCAAGGCUCUGAGGUACAAAUGUGACGAGUGUGAUUUUCGAACCAAGAUGAAAGGCAUCCUCGUCAACCAUCAGUUUUACAAACACAGAGACUUCUCAGAGGUCCCCACUUACGACUGCGCCACGUGCGGCUUCAGAACGAAGCACAAGUCUAGCCUUAUGACGCAUCACUUGAAGCACAAAAGUCUUUCCGAAGUGGAGGUACACGAGUGCCCUACGUGCGACUUCAAAACUAAGUACGUGAGAAGCCUUAGGGCCCAUCAGUUGACACAUAAAGAUAUUUCCUCUGUGUGCACGUUCACGUGUGACACGUGCGGUUUCGAAACGAAGACGAAGGGCACUCUUAAAAAACACGAGCUUAAGCACAAAGACGUUUCCGAGGUGCAAAUGUACGGUUGUAAUUCGUGUCGUUUCAGAAGCAAGUAUAAGGAGUGCCUACGAAGCCACUUAAAGCGUUACCACCGUCGUCAUAAGAAAUAAUUGCCUAGUUUCCAAUUAGGUCUUCCAUUUUACAUUUUACCCCAUUUCGUGGAAAUAAACCUUACCAAAAGUUGUUGGGUUUGUUGUGAGGCAGUCGCCUUGACCUUGACCAAUAUUUUCAAGAUCAUUUGAAGAUUAAUCGUCAGAGGCAAGGGGACUCACGUUAAUAAAGCACCCCAAAGAGAAUAGAGUCUACUAUCUCCUCAUCAUUAUUCCUCGGUAAUGCGAAAAGUAGGAUUUAAAAAAUAUAGUUGACCCUAAACAGAUCUUGAAGUUUCUUUAUUAUUCUUUACUAUUUCGAGAUGCAGAAUUGACUUUGGCAUGAUCUUCAAAGGUCAUUUUCACCACGAACCAAACUAUGUAUUCUGACAAAAUUUUCCUUUAUUUUCAUUUCUGAAGUAAAAACAAGAAAUUAUUUGACAUUCAAAAUGACCUUGAAAAGAGGCAAGGUCAAAUAGAAAGUCAAUUCACAACCUCUGAAGCUAAUGAUUCUGAAGUGAAAAAUAGACGUUUCUUCUACAAAAAUAAUAAGUUGCCCUUGCUGUAAUAACAAUGACCUUGAAAAUAUGGGUCAAGGUCAUGACAAGGUGACCCCCCAACAAACUUUUGCUGAAGUUAAUUUUCACGAAAUGACCCUCCCCUAAAUAAUCGACUGGAGAAAUUAAAAUGACUCGCCCUGUUUAUCUACUGAAAAGGUUUUAUAAAAUUAUUUUGAUGAAAUGUGUAUAGACCAUAUAUUUAAUAAUAAAUACUUAUAAAGUU